CGGUAUUUAAGGGCUCUGCAGGGCCGCUGGUGGCUCAGAGCUUCUCUGGGUCGCUGCGAGGGUCGUUAUUGGGGCAGGAUGGCGUCAUGCUGAGCUUCCACUUAACCUUGGCCCAGUAAAUACUGGCAUUGAAGGAACCAUCAUGUCCUAUACCUAUCACUGAGAAGACACUGUCAAACUUGACCAUCAUGAUUUCCAUGAUAACAGAGCAAUUGCAAAAACAGAGUUUGGAGGAUCUGAAAUGCAAAUCUUUCAGUAUAAGCCUGCCAUUGCCUGAUCAACAAGACCCUGAGGGGUGCAGCAGCCCUUACCACUUUGUGUCAGAAGAUCGUUCCUGGGGACUUCUUAAUCACUGUCCACGAAUUGAACUUGAAGAUGGGGUCCGACUAGGCUGUCAUCAUCACUCCAGCUUGAGCCUCCAUUUCCCUGUUUUCAGCAGGGAAAGCUCUCCCCAGCGUAGAAGUCCUUCACAAGCCCCUGAGUCAGGAACUUCUGCUACUCCUCCAGCACCCCCUACUAAGAGACAUUGUCGCUCCUUAUCAGUUCCAGAGGAUCUAUCACGAUGGAGGCCAGUUUGGCGACCUAGUGGCUCUAAAGUAUGGACUCCAGUUAAGAGGAGAUGUAAUAGUGGUGGGGUAGGAGCAGUGCUUGGAGUGCAGACUCAAAGCCCAUCACAAGGGGUCUCCAGUCUCAGGUUCCAAAAUGACCCCAGUGCCUCUAUACGCUGCAUCCAAGCCAACAGUCCUCCUUUCUUCAGUCUGGCCUUGUGUAGAGAGUCACCAGGUCCAUGUACCCUUUCCCCAACUGUAUUUUGGGACAACACAGAAGGGCCAAGCUGUUUCCCAUUACAGCGCCGUUUUUCACUGUCGCCUGUACUCAUCAAGGAAGCAGGACGAUUCCUUCCUUCAACCAGCAGCUCGCCACCUUCCACGCCGGAGCUAGUCCGGCGGCAACAGUGUCUCACUCGUAGUCAAUCCCAACCUUGUGACUUGGACACCAGGAAAUGUGGAAUCAAGAGGAGACAUGAGGAGGAUACACGAUGGCAUCGUCCCUCUCUGGACUUCUACAAGAUGAACCAGAAUGCUGGUGCAAUGUGUUUCUUGGACAACUCUGAUGAAGGCAGCUCAUCUCCUUUUCUGGCCUGCCAUGGGGAAUCCCCUUGUACUUCUGGAAGUCCUGUCCCCAUCUGCACACUGGCACUUAGUGAACAGGAGAUAGGCAGGAGGGAUCAUCCUUCAUGCUCCCAGGCAAUGCUCUUCCAGCAUGACUUUGCAGACCUGGAUUUAAAUCUAAUUGAAGAGAAUUAGCUCUCAGGAAACACCAAUGUUCAAACAGGAUACUGAUCGUAAGGGAUGUCUGGGUGCCUGCUGCUGAUUACUGCUAAACGAACUGCACCAAGAACAUUCCACAAACCUUCUGACCUUCAAAACAGAUAGGAAUUGUGCCCGGGAAGAAGGAAAAGGAAGCUAAAUGUUUUUUCUUGUUCUUAAGGAGAAGCAUUUGAGCUGGGUCAGUUGGACCCCAUGUACACAUUUUCUUUUCCCAGCAAUAUUGCUGGAUAUGAGCUCUCCCCUUACAGAGUAACACAACUUUACACAAAGGGUGCUGUGGAUUGCUUUAUUUUUAUAUUGAUGGCUUUUGGAAGGAUGUCACUGAUCUACACUGGGGGUCACAUGCAGAGGUUUGAGUGUCAUUACAUUUUCUUGUUUAGGUAAUGUGACUACGGCUGGGGGGAGUAAACUAACAUGGUGGCAAAUUCUGUUGUGCACAAAGGCUGAAACCUCAUUUUCAAAAGAAUGCCCCAAGACAGACGAGUUGAGAACCAUACAGCAAAGGAAAUCAUACCCAUGUGCUCUAUAUACCGAACACCUUUUUGUUCUCUAAUUCAUCCUGAAGAAGGCUGACCACAGAACAAAAAUGUUUUCAGUUGUAGUAGGUGUGUUUGUAUAUAUCAUUUUUUUAUUAAAAAAAAUAAUUUGCCUGUGGCAAAUAUCCUGGAGGCAGUAGUUUAAUUUGUUCUUUAAAAUUGCUGGUCAGUUAUAAGGGGGCUUCCAUGUUAUCCUGAUUGUAUGUGUUUGUCUGCACUGCCACCAAAGUUCUGCAUACAGUGGUGGAUUUGACUUCCUUAGUACCUCAGAAAGUGGUUUUAAUUCCUCUCUUCUGUGCAUUCCAUACUGUUUUGAUUACAUAUGCUCUCUCACUCAUCCAAACCAUUCUGAGUCUUGGUGAUGUGUAAAUGAAUUUCAUGCUGUUACGAUUAAUUUCUUUGCUGCUGUGAUUGUCACCAAGGCAUUUAGAAUUGUUGCAGAUCUUCUGGCUCGGCUAGUGGUUAAAACCAGUUCAUUCUGUUUUAAUGUCAAUUUUUCAGUUCUAAAGUGUGUGUGUGUGUGUGUAAAAUAUAUAUAUAUAUAUAAAAUUAUGGGGGGGGAGAUAAAAAACUGAAAUUAAAUUCCUCCAUGUCUCAAAAUUAAAUCAAUGUAAAUAUUUGCAUAGGAAAUUAGUACAUCUAAGCAAGUAUCCCCGCUUGCUUUACCCCAGAAAUUCUUAAUAUGCAAUGUCUCCAAUGCACAAGAGAAUUGUGGGUAAGAUAUGCAAAUUAGGUAUGAAAAUUCUCAGUUUUUUUGCUUCAAAAAUACUGUUUUAACACAGCGAUCCUUUUAAACAGGACUAUGACAGCAAAUCAGAAAUCACUCACUAGACAAGCCUGUUUCGUUCUUUUUAGAACUCAUCAGUAGGAGAUAGAUUUCUGAUUGCUGCAUUAGAAAAGCUAUUUUCAUGGUUAAACCAAAAUUCAUUAAAAUUAUGGGGGGGGGGGAGAUAAAAAACUGAAAUUAAAAUCCUCCAUGUCUCAAAAUUAAAUCAAUGUAAAUAUUUGCAUAGGAAAUUAGUGCAUCUAAGCAAGUAUCCCCGCUUGCUUUACCCCAGAAAUUCUUAAUAUGCAAUGUCUCCAAUGCACAAGAGAAUUGUGGGUAAGAUAUGCAAAUUCUCAGUUUUUUUGCUUCAAAAAUACUGUUUUAACACAGCGAUUCUUUUAAACAGUCAUAUUCCUGUUUAAAGAAUUUUGGUUUAACCAUGAAAAUAGCUUUUCUAAUGCAGCAAUCAGAAAUCUAUCUCCUACUGAUGAGUUCUAAAAAGAACGAAACAGGCUUGUCUAGUGAGUGAUUUCU